CAACUCACUUCUCCCGGUCACCUCCUCCGUCCAAAAGAUGCUCCAGGCUGCAUUCAGAUUACCGGUGGCACGCAGCUUUGCCAGCCAGUCUGUGCGCACGUUGGCGUCGAAGAGUACGCCCAAGAACGUCAACAGGCCACUGCCAACGAAACCCGCUCCGCCGCCGCCUCCCCCGUCAGGAGCGAAACUCACGAACCAAGCGGACGCCCCGAAACCCAUCCCUAGUUCCUCUGUUGUCCCUAGUCUUGACUUUGACCCAGAGGGCCCUGAAUCGGGAGAUGCCAACCGCGAGCGUACGGGUGCCAAGUCGUCCAAGGACUCGCUGUCGAGUAUCGAGCGGAGACGACAGUUCAUGGGCCGCGUCUCGCUUGCGAUGCUGUUAGCCGGUGCUGGUGCAGUGACAUGGAUUGCCGGGAGGCCAUGGGAGGAGGAUGAGUUGAAGGCGAAGAAGCUGUCACCGGAGGAGGCGGCCAAAUCCACACGAUGGGAGCGCACGAAAGCACGGUUCACUGGCAUCUUUGACACCUUCACGGAGCCAUUGUGGCCGGAGCUGCUCCCUCCACCCCUGCAGGGCGAGAUGUACAGACCAUACACUCUGCUAGUUUCGGUAGACGACCUGCUCGUCACUUCGACAUGGGAUCGUCAACACGGGUGGAGGACAGCAAAGCGUCCUGGAGUCGACUAUUUCCUUGCGUACAUGUCCCAGUUCUACGAGAUCGUGGUGUUCACGACUCAGUACCAUUACACUGCCAUGCCGAUCCUCGACAAGCUGGACCCCUACCAGUUCUACAUUAUCCACCGCCUAUUCCGCGACGCGUGUCGGUCAGAGAACGGUCAGCCAGUGAAAGAUUUGUCGUACCUCAAUCGCGAUCUGUCGAAGGUCAUCCUGCUCGACACCCAUCCAGAGCACGUGAAGCCCAACCCCGAAAACGCCAUCAUCUUACCGAAAUGGACGGGCGACGCGAAGGAUCGCGGGCUGGUUGCCAUGAUUCCCUUCCUCGAGUCUAUCGCUAUCUUCAGAACGCCUGACGUGCGACCGGUCCUCAAGGCGUACGAGGGGAAGAACAUCCCGAUCGAGUACGCGAAAAAGGAGGCGGAGAUGAAGCGCAAGCAUCUGGAGGAGUACGAGCACAGCCGGAAGGGCCUGUCGCGCGGCGGCUUCACGUUCGGUGCGCUGUUCGGCGGAUCUGAGCAGCCGUCGGCCGCGUCCCAUGCUCCCUUGACGUACCUAGAACAGAAGCGUCUGGAAGCGCAGCGACGGUACCUCGAGGAGCAAGAGUACCUGAAGCAGAACAAGGAAACUCUGGACAAGAUGAUCAAAGAGCAGGAGGAGGCGCUGCAGCGGGAAAUGCCUAGCACGUUCUGGGGCGCUACGCAGGCAAUCCUGUCGGGCGGCCCUCCCCCUGCUCCCCCUCCCGGCCAGCAGCAGCAGCAACCUGCGCAGUUAUCAGUGGAGGCGAAGUAGACGGAUCAUCCAUCACAGCGCGAGUUGUGCUGUUGCCCUUGUAUACUCGCUGCCCCAUGUUACCCUACAUCCAUCACACCGCUCUGCCCCUAUCGACCUACGGUAAUACAUCUAAUCUCUAGACCGAGAAUUCGCGUCGACACACGGGGCUUGUUGUUCCUAAGAC